AUGGCCAUUACCCUGGACAAUGGCACUCGCAUCGAGAGGCCCACGGCCCAGGAUCUGCGCAAGCUGAAGCCCACCAAGCUUCGUCCCGUGGUCUUCCACUGGAGGGAUGCAAGUAAGGACCAGACAAAUGCGCCCAAAGAGUACGAUGAGAUCAUCCAGAGGCUCCUGACUGCUGGGCCGCAGGAUUUUGAGGAGCUGGUACGUGCCAACUGGAAGAUGUUCGAUCGAGGCUUCUACUUCCGGCUGUACAACCUCCGGGAAGACUGCGAAGAUCCAGCGCUGAAGGAGAAGAUGAUGAACCUGGAGAAGUACACUCUAGAGUUGAUCCAAAAGGCACAGGAGCAGACCCGUAAGAAGCUCCCAGAGCAGGAGGCAGAUGCCCAGGCCAUCCUAAGCACGAUGCUAGAGGAGGAUGGACAGACAUUGCUCUGGCCGCCUCCUCCAGAGGCCUAUGCUCGUUUGGCUGAGGAGAUCAGCAAGCGUGCCACCAGAUCCAAGUACGAGGACGGCUGGUUUGAGUCCCUCACGGAGGUGUGCGAGCGCUUCGGGACCAAGAUGCAGGCCAAGACCGAAACGCAGAUGGCUCUCAUGGCGCAAAUCGUCAUGCAGCGACUGGUUACCGAGUGGCUUCGACAUGACAGCAUUUGGGAGGAAACUGCCGAGGGAAGAUUCCUCUUCCGGCUGAUGAGCAUCACGCACGAGCAGUGGGAUGCCCAGCUCAUGUACGAAAAGGAUCCUGUGGACCCACUGAAGAUGCGAGAGGAGAUCAA